GUUUACAAACAGUUUGACAGUUUCGAUUAGUUAAUCAACGAAGAAGAAGAAAAAAAAAUGAAUUCUUAUUUUAUUAUUUUCGUUACACUUUCAGUGUUAAUUGUUGUAGUUUCAAGUGAUCAUCAUCAUCACCAUGGUUGGCAAGAGCAUGAACAUGAACAUCACCAUGACCACUGGCAUGAUCAUGAUGAUAAAAAUGACCAUCAUGAGAAUCAUGAUCACAAACAUAAACAUAAACAUCACCACAAGGAAAAGGAAGAUCAUCAACAUCAUGAUGAUCACCAUGAAUCUCAUAAGCACCACGAUAAACAUGAUCAUCACCAUAACGAUGACCACAAGCAUAAUCAUAAACACAAUCACCAUGGAAAACAUAAGCUUGAGGAACAUCAUAAACACUCACACUCCGAAGAGCAUCAUCAUUACGGAAAGAAGCACAAUGACCAUUGGGGUAAACCCGAAGCUCAUGGUUACUCUGGAUUAGAUUUUGAUUUUAGAAAAUGAUUUAAUCACUAAUCAUCAUUAAUUAUCAUUCUUAAUCAUCUCCAACUCACAAAUACACUCAAGAAGACACAAUCAAAUCAAUCAAUAUACACAAAGAAAAUUUUUACUCCAAGUGAAUUUAUUUGAUUUGGUUUACCAAAUAAAAUAAUAUUCAAUUAAUUUAAUCUUACAAUCAACAAUCAAGUUGAAAGUAAACAAAACAACAAAAUCAAUCAAUUUGAAAUGUUGACAAUUAUCGAUUAAUAAUCUAUUAUUAAUUGGCCAUUGUAAUUAAAUGAAAAGUUUACACUUACAAUAAUUACCAUGUUAAUUAUAUUAAGUUUGUAGAUUUUCAAUUUUUUUCUUGUCUUCAAAUCAAAUCAAGAUUUUAAAAUCAAACAAUAAAAAUUAUCAUUACAAUUUAAUUGAUUCU